AUCAAUCUAACUGCAGAGAAGGGUGGGAGAGAGAGAGAUUAGAGUUUGAAGGUAUUGGAGAAAAAUGGAGAGGGAACAAAAAACCAGCAGUGCAAGUCAUGUGCUAGUCCUUCCGCUGCCUAUACAAGGCCACAUAAAUCCAAUGCUUCAAUUCUCUAAGCGUUUAGCUUCAAAAGGCCUCAGGGUCACGCUAAUUACCCCCACUUCAAUGGGCACCUCCAUGCAUCAAGACAACGCUUGUUCCAUCAACAUGGAACCCAUUUUUGAUGGUUACAAAGAAGGUGAAAGAGCAGCAACCGCAGAGGAAUACAUCGAGCGUUUCAAGGCCACAAUCCCGCAAAGCUUAGCUGAGCUCAUCGACAAAAAUAGUACCAGCCAAUACCCUGCUAAAUUCAUCAUUUAUGACUCCAUUCUACCAUGGGUUCUGGAUGUGGCGAAGAGCUGGGGCAUAGAAGGAGGUCCGUUUUUCACCCAAUCAUGCGCGGUUACUGUUUUAUAUUACCAUACACUACAAGGGAGCGCUUUGAAAAUUCCUAUGGAAGAAAAAUCGCCGGUGUCCCUGCCUUCCCUGCCACAGUUGGAGUUCAGUGAUCUACCAUCCCUUGUUCAUGGUCCAGGUUCGUAUCCCGGUAUUUAUGACCUCCUUUUUAGCCAGUUCUCAAAUAUAGAUGAAGCGAGCUGGCUCCUCUGGAACACUUUCAAUGAACUUGAAGAUGAGAUUGUCGACUGGAUGGCGAGCAAGUGGCCAAUCAAGCCAAUAGGACCAACAAUUCCGUCAAUGUUCUUGGACAAGCGGCUGGAGGACGACAAAGACUAUGGUCUCAGCCUCUUCAAGCCAAAUUCUGAAACUUGCAUGAAAUGGUUAGACUCCAAGGAACCAGGCUCAGUUGUUUAUGUAUCAUUUGGCAGCCUCGCUGUUCUGACAGAAGACCAAAUGGCAGAAUUGGCCUGGGGUCUGAAAAGAAGCAACACUCACUUUCUAUGGGUUGUAAGAGAAUCAGAAAAGCAAAAGGUACCAGGCAACUUCGUAGAGGAGACAACAGAGAUGGGUCUAAUCAUAACAUGGAGUCCUCAACUAAAGGUCCUGGCUCACAAAUCCGUGGGAUGCUUCAUGACUCAUUGUGGGUGGAAUUCAACACUUGAGGCUUUGAGCUUGGGAGUGCCAAUGGUGGCAAUGCCACAGUGGACAGAUCAACCAUCUAAUGCAAAGUUUGUUGCUGAUGUUUGGCAAGCAGGGGUUAGAGUAAAGGUAGGUGAAAAUGGGAUGGUGACACAAGAAGAGAUAGAGAGGUGUAUAAGGGAAGUCAUGAUGGAAGGUGAAAGAAGGGAUGAGAUCAGAACUCAUUCUGAGAAAUGGAAGAAACUAGCCAGAAUGGCUAUGGAUGAAGGUGGAAGCUCUGACAAGAACAUUGAUGAGUUUGUAGCAAGCUUGAAUGCAUGCAACUCCAAUAGCACCAAGAGUCCUGAUCAGAGACCUUAAACAUGCAUUGAAUCCCUAAGUGCUAGAUGUGAUGUUGUUGUAAUCAUUUACUUUGGAUCAGCAAUGGAACUUGUUAGCCCCAUUUUAUUUUAUGGAAAGUAACUUUUCAGACA